ACCACAAAAAGCGCUUAAAAAUACAUCAAUCGCGUGUGAGUGUGUUUGUGUGUUUCGCGUGUGAUUUUCUAUGUGUGCGUGGGUCGCACUCCUCUGAUCCGUCGGCAUCGGCAUCGACAUCGACAUCCAACGUUCCUUCUUAUAAGCCGAACUAAAGCCCGAACUAAAUCCGAGGCUCUCGGCUGUUUCUUGUGUGUGUGUGUUUCCUUUCGUUCGCUUUGUUUCAGGCACGUAAUCUGUCGGCGCUCUUCCCCUCUCUGUCUCUAACCACGGUUUCGCGUUUACGGGCCCUAAUCAACCUGCUGAUCCCCUCCAGAGACACUCACGUAUACCGUAUACCGAAAGAGAAAGAGAGAUAGCUAUCCUGCUUCGAUCAAGAUUAUGCGCCUAAUUUGAAGCUGUAAUUAAUUUGAAGAUACCCUAAUAAAAAGAGUGAACGAACACCACGGCGAAGCGGAUAACCAGAGGCAAAGAAUAGAACCGAACCACACGAAAUUCAACCUUCUACCACAUUUUUGAGGGGCGUUUGUCUAUACCCGGCGCUAUUUUAUUAACCCCCCACCGCCGAUGCCUUCACAAUAUGGAAUUGGCGAUUUGUAAAACAGAUCUAUCUGCCACGAAGUUUAUGCUGCCACCACCAGCGUUGCCCCCGCAAGCCACCGCCAUUGCCACCGGAGGACCCGACCACUCUUCGUCGUCCGUUGCACAGUUUUCCUUCUCUCACAACCUCAACGAACUGUUCAACGGCUUCAACGCUGGCCAUCGGUUCAAAUCGCAACCAAAUAGCAGCAGCCACAAUACUUUGUGCCACAAUUCCACAUUCAGCAUUCAUCCAUCGGUGGUGCCAUCGAUCCUGAACAGCAAUAACACCAACAGCAACAUGAGGCUCAAGAAGAACCGAAAAGUCACAUUUCUAUCGAGUUUAGUGGAGUCGAAGAACAUCUUCAUCAAAGAGGAGCCCAUCAAUGGGUGCAAGGAUUUAUCGGAUAUUUCAGAUCAUGAGGCGUCCUUGGAUGUGCCCACUGCCUUGCCACCCCUCACGCCGGGCACCAAUCGCAAGGUCAACGAGGUGCUCAAGGCCAGCUUUGCCUCCUGGGAGAAGGAGGUGCAAAAGUACAACAUAACCAAAGAUCCCCGUGAGUGGACGGAGGAGCAUGUCAUCUAUUGGCUGAAUUGGGCCAAGAACGAGUUCUCGCUGGUCUCCAUGAACCUCGAUCCCUUCUACAAGAUGACGGGUCGCGCCAUGGUCGAGUUGGGAAAGGAGAAAUUCCUGGCCAUCACGCCGCCCUUCACCGGCGACAUACUGUGGGAGCAUUUGGACAUCCUACAGAAAGAUUGCGAGAAGCCAAAUGAGGAUAUUGUGCACGGCAACUCCUUUGAGUCGUCGGCCACCACUGCCUCGGUCUGUGGAUCGGACCAUCAGGUAGCCCCCAAUUACCCCACGUCGAACACGGGAGCAGAGGGAACAUCCAACUCCCAAACGGCGGGGGUCUCCAGUAAUAAUACUAGCAAUAAUAACAACAACAACAACCGCCUGUCGUCCAUGGAUUUUGGUACGGGAGCGGGGAACAGUGAUAAAAGCAGCUUCCAUCCAGCAUCCUCCCAGCACAAUGGCUACGGCAGCAAUACACAUGAACGACCCAACAACAGCCCGCCCCCGCAGCAGCAACAGCAGCAGCAGAAUCACAACACGAACACGAACAACAGCAGUGGCAACAGCAGCAACAAUUCGAUGCUGCCACCUGCUGUGCAACAGCAGAGCUCCAGCGACAGUAACAACACCAGCAACAACAACAACAGCAACAAUACGAAUCCAAGCAACAACAAUAACAAUAACAACAACAACAACAACAACAACAACAUCAACUACCAAUUGGCCGCCAUUUCCGCCAUAUACCACCAGCAUCAGGUGAAAGAGGAGCCCGGAACGCAAAACGGAAGCGGUGGCGGCAGUGGCGGCUCCUAUGCGUCAGGGCCGAAUGGCAGCCAGAACGAUCCCACCGAUCUCAGUAGCUAUGGCCUGCCACCGCAUCUUGCCGCCGCCUACAGCGGAGGAGCAGGCAGUGGCAGCAGCAGCGGGGGAGGAGGCACAGCCUCCAAUGGGGGCGGAGCGGCGGGGGAUGACAGCGAUUACCACAGCACCAUCUCGGCGCAGGAGCACCAGAGCCAGGCCUCGAGCGGAGGCAACGGCAGUGGCAACAACAGCAGCGGCAACAGCAAUGGCUACGGCAUGGAUGGAAGUCCGGACUUUUACAACUCGUACGGACGGGGACGCUACCACGACUAUCCGCCAGAGUUCACGCCCUACGAUGCCCAGCCCUUCCAGUCGAUGGGCGCCCAACCGACGGCCAUGGAUCAGUGGGGGGCACACACGCACCCACAUCCGGCGGCAUACAUGAGCACCCUGGGGCUGGACAAGUCGCUGCUCGGUGGCUACACGACGCAGGGCGGAGUGCCGUGCUUCACGGGCUCCGGACCCAUCCAGCUGUGGCAGUUUCUGCUCGAACUGCUGCUGGACAAGACGUGCCAGAGCUUCAUCUCGUGGACCGGCGACGGCUGGGAGUUUAAGCUAACAGAUCCAGAUGAGGUGGCACGUCGCUGGGGCAUACGCAAGAAUAAGCCCAAGAUGAACUACGAGAAGCUGAGUCGCGGCCUGAGGUACUACUACGACAAGAACAUCAUCCACAAGACGGCUGGCAAGCGCUAUGUCUACCGCUUUGUCUGCGAUCUCCAGAAUCUAGUUGGCCACACCCCUGAGGAGCUGGUGGCCAAGUACGAUCUAAAGAUUGAGAAGAAGGAUGUGGACUAGCAGGAGAGCAGCACGGAAGCUGCCUAAACGAUGAAUUGCAGCAGCAGCAGCCGCAGCCACAGCGGCAGUUGGAGCAGCCGUCGAAGAGGAUUGAGAGUCAGAGCUGCUUCCCGCAGCAGCAGCGGCAGCGGCAGCAGCAGCCACGGAUUGUACUCAACAAAAAACAGAGAAAUAUAUUGUUUAAAUCAGCGUGAUGUUAGCUUUUAAGCAGCAAGCAGUACCACCCACCACACCCAGCCAGC